GUGAAAGAUUCGCUGCGCUGUCGUGAAACGAGAUCGGGAUCCUCGCGGGAUUUUCCGCGACUGUGGUGAGGUGUCCGGAAGAAGGAUCUCCUUGGAUUCGCGAGGCAAAUCUUUCAUACCGUUAAAAUCAUGUCGGUGCUACUGGAAGGCAGGUCGUACAGGCCGUUCAAGUCCUCGGAGGAAUACCUGAUAGCGAUGAAGGAGGACCUGGCUGAAUGGCUGAACGCUCUGUAUCCGGAACUUAGGAUCAAUCUCGACAAUUUUAUGGACAGGCUGGACACUGGCGUCGCUCUAUGCAAACAUGCGAACAACGUGCGGAAAUAUGCGGGCGACUACGUGGCGCGACGUCAGGCCCGCAAAAUGCCGAUGACACGCUCGAUAACCUCCUUGGCGCUGCCGAUGAGCCAGGUAAGCGACGUGCCCUACCUGCCCAAUGCCAAGGCCGGCACUUUCUUCGCCCGCGACAACGUCUCGAACUUCAUCGACUGGUGCCGCAACAAUCUCGGUAUCAUCGAGUGCCUGCUCUUCGAGACCGAGGACCUGAUUAUGCGUAAAAACGAGCGACACGUGAUAUUGUGCCUCCUGGAGGUAGCGCGUCGCGGUGCCAAGUUCGGCAUGCUCGCGCCGUUGCUGGUCCAGAUGGAGAGGCAGAUCGAUCGAGAGAUCGCCGCCGAGAACAAGGCGGCGAACGGCGCCGACAACGAGGAGACCGACGACGAGUACGAGGAAGAGCCGUGUCUCAUAUACGGACCGCAGCCGCAGAUCGUCACGAACGAUCUCAAGACCCUCCACGAGUG